AUGGUGCGCAACGUGGAGGACCUGGACUUCCACCUGCCGUCGCACGCGCAGGACAUGCUGGACGGGCUGCAGCGGUUGCGCACGCAGCCCAAGCUGACCGACGUCACCCUGCUGGUGGGCGGCCGGGAGCUGCCCUGCCACCGCAGCCUCCUGGCGCUGAGCAGCCCCUACUUCCGGGCCAUGUUCGCCGGCGACUUCGCCGAGAGUGUCGCUGCACGCGUGGAGCUGCAGGGCGUGGAGCCCGGUGUGGUGGCGCAGCUGGUGGACUUUGUGUACACGGGCCGGCUGACGGUCACGCAGGGCAACGUGGAGGCGCUGACCCGCACGGCCGCGCGCCUGAACUUCCCGGCCGUGCAGCAGGUGUGCGGCCGCUACCUGCAGCAGCAGCUGGACGCCUCCAACUGCCUGGGCAUCUGUGAGUUCGGGGAGCAGCAGGGGCUGCUGGGCGUGGCGGCCAAGGCCUGGGCCUUCCUGCGGGAGAACUUCGAGGCUGUGGCACGUGAGGACGAGUUCCUGCAGCUGUCCCAGGACCGGCUGGCCACCUGCUUGGCCAGCGACCUGCUGCAGGCGCGGCCGGAGCAGAGCCGUUUGGAGGCGCUGCUGCGCUGGGUGCGCCACGACCCCCCAGCCCGGGCCACCCACCUGCCCGAGCUGCUCAGCCUCGUGCGCCUGGACGCCGUGCCCCAGCCCUGCGUGCAGCAGCUACUGGCCACGGAGCCGCUGAUACGAGAGUCAGAGGCGUGUCGGGAGGCCCUGUCCCAGGGCCGUGACGGGGCCCUGCCGGCCCUGCCGCGGAAGCUGGAGGAGGUCCUGGUGGUGGUGGGCGGGCGGGCGCUGGAGGAGGAUGAGGAGGGCACGGAGGCGCCCGCCCCCCUGCCCAGCAACUUCGCCUUCUACCACGCCCAGGCCAAGAAGUGGAUGGCGCUCCCCGACUUCCCCGACUACCACAAGUGGGGCUUCUCCCUGGCGGCCCUGAACAACGUCGUCUACGUCACAGGAGGCUCUCGGGGCUCCAAGACGGACACCUGGUCGACCACCCAAGCCUGGUGCUUCCCGCUGAAGGAGGCGGCCUGGAGGCCCGUGGCCCCCAUGCUCAAGGCGCGCACCAACCACGCCAGCGCGGCGCUCAACGGGGAGAUCUACGCCGUCGGCGGCACCACCCUGGACGUGGUGGAGGUGGAGCGCUACGACCCCUACACGGACGCCUGGACGCCGGCCAGCCCGGCCCUCAAGUACGUCAGCAACUUCUCGGCCGCCGGCUGCAGCGGCAGGCUCUACCUCGUGGGCUCCAGCGCCUGCAAGUACAACGCGCUGGCCCUGCAGUGCUACCACCCCGGCACAGAUGCCUGGAGCGUCAUCGCCUCGCCCUUCCUCCCCAAGUACCUGUCGUCCCCGCGCUGCGCCGCGCUGCAGGGCGCCCUGUACCUGGUGGGCGACAACACCAAGAAGGUCUACGUGUACGACCCGGCCGCCAACCUGUGGCAGAAGGUGCAGCCCCUGCACAGCCUGCAUGAGAACGGGGCGCUGGUGCCCCUGGGCGGUGCGCUGUUCGUGACAGGGGGCCGCUGGCAGGGCAUGGAGGGCGACUACCGCGUGGAGAUGGAGGCCUAUGACCGCAGCCGCAACGCCUGGGUGCGCCACGGCCCCCUGCCCCGCCUCUGGCUCUACCACGGGGCCUCCACCAUCUUCCUGGACGUGUCCAAGUGGACCCAGCCCUUCGGGCCCGCGCAGGAGCACUGAGCAUGGGCGUCC